CUUGUGCUAUUUUGCUUCCUUUGAAGCUGGAAAUAAGUACUUCAAAGUACAAUGGUUCAAUUUCUGAGACAAUGUUGAGCGAUAUUUUUAUUUUGAAGAGAAUUGCUGCGUCAUGCGGAAGUAAACCUUCUGGGUCGUUGUCGUUCAUGUUGAAUACGGACCGUGUGGACUGUUUUGUUGAUUACAGUGUUGAUAGUUUGUGUGAGGAUGGAAGGUACGGUGUCAAACGUGGAGGUGUGUAACUACGCCUUCACUGGACAACUGGACAAACUGCGCCAGUGUAUUCUGUCAGAUAAAACGCUCGCCUUUAAGACGGAUCAGGACCACAGAACCGCCCUGCACUGGGCCUGUUCUGCCGGACACACCGACAUCGUGGAGUUUCUGCUUGACCUGGGAGUGGAGGUCAACCUGCAGGAUGACGUACUCUCAUUUCUCUUCAUAUUUGCUAACUGACCCAAUGAGUAACGCAGUAAAUCAGUACUCUAAU